CGGCGCAGUACAACGGUCGCCGUAGCAGUCGCCGCCAUGCGACAUGCGCUAAGUACAUCUGCUCGCUGUCUUGACAAUAGACGACAAUGUCGUGAAACGCAGCUCGCGCGCGUCCCGAGGUAUAUAGCCUCGCUUCAGCUCCUCGCUGGCUCCUCGUCCUUCCCUGGAUACUUACUCGUAUUGCGCAGCAUCGUCUGCACCCGCUCGCUCCCAGUUCCUCACUGAGAGCAAUUAUACUGUCGCUCUUUACUUGCUAUCACACCCAUGGAUUGUAGCCUGUCUCCCUGUUGCAGACCUCGUCCUUCGCCUCUCUACCUCGACAUUGUCAGGAGGGAUAUACAGUUCUCUGAGCCUUUUGCUCCCUUAUAUUACGAUAUAGAAGAGUAUGAGGCGUGUUUGUCCCCUGACCGAGCGCAGCGGAUUGCCUCCUGGAUACGAGGGUGCCAAACGCUCAGCGAGUUCGCUGCAUGCAGCCCUGUAGAUAUUCGCAUCGGCGACAUCGAGGGCUCCCCUUCUUCGGCGUUUUCCUGCGACUCGAGAACUCCUCGCACUCUCACCUCGUCUUGCUCUCCUAACACGCCCAUCGUCAUCCCAGAGGUCCCCUCAAUCCCUCAGCUGCCCGAGCUCCCUAGCCCGCCAUCUCGCGCAUUGCAGGGCCAACGCAGGCUGAACGCAGUGUAUCUAGACGAACGCGUCUUGGAGCACCACCGCUAUCCACCUCGCAGCAUAGCCAAGCGUGUGCGCAUGCACCCUUAUCGCGUUGCCCGUUCGUUUCCGAACCGCCCACGGAGGCGUUCGAUGUCGUUCAAUGAGUCAUGAUCUGCUGCCUGCUGCCCUCGUGGAUGAAGCUUCUGCCAAAAGUAUCCCUUCAAAUUCGCCUUCCUUUUUAUGUAUGCCCCCUUGCACUGUGUGCUGUCUCAGUUAUUGUAUACCGUAGUGCGGUCCUUCUGUAUGGCCAUUGUUGUCGCUCGUUGGAAACCCUAGACGCUCCUGGUUGGGCUACUUGUGGUACAUCAAUAAUCAUUAGCGUAUUUGCUGACGUGUCAGG